AUGGCUGUUGUUGCUACUGAGGCUGUUUUCGAUGCUUCAAAAGCUGCUAUAAAUUUGGGUUCGAAAUGUAUUCCAUCUCUAGUCAAGGCGAUUUUCACAAGUGCCAAAGAGAUUCGAGAAACAGUAAAACGAAUAAAAGAUUGUGAUGAUCAAUGUUUACGAUUGAGUAAACGAAUUGAUCGAUUAAGCAAUUUUUUACAAAAACAACAAUUCCUCGAUACAUUCAAUGAACCAAUCGAACAAGCAUUACAAGAUUUUGACGACUUUCUUAAAAAAUCUCUGGUAUAUAUCUCCAAAUAUAUGACAGCUGGUGUCUUCAAACGUGCUUGGAACGACAAAGAAUACCUUGCCAAAUUUAAAGAGUUACACGAUGAAUUCAAUCAACAUACAGGAGAUAUUAGUUUCUGCAUCAUGCUCGCUGGUAAACUUUCCAAUAAAACUCAUUAUAAUGACGAUUCUCAAUCUAAUUCAAACGACAUUCAGGAUCAAACGAAAGUCAAACACGAUGAAAGUAUCAAAACAAAUUCCUCCUCGCUCUCAACAGAACAGGUUCGUAUGUUAAAGGCAAAGAAACAAAUGAAUCAAAUUGUUUUUCUGGAUCUAUACAAGAUUCUAGAGAAUAGACAGUGCGAUUAUAUUCAGAACGAAAAAAUAGAUAGGUAGCUACAGAUUCUUUUGAGUUACUCUAUAUAAAAUCUUUUUUUGUAAUGUAAAAUCUGACACGUAACUGUUUACACAAUUCGCAAGACUUUGACAUCGAUAGUUCGCUAGCCAUUUCUUUGGUUUUGUUUUUGGAGGUUUCUAGAAAAUUUGAAUUAAUUCUGUACACAUUUUUGUUCUUUGACUGAGAUGUUUAUAUCAGAUACAACUAUAAAGUGUAGUAAAUCUUUUAUUAAGAAAAAAAGUAUUUUUGAACAUUUUUCAUAUCGAAAUGGAAGAAAAUUCAUUUUACGAAUUACUGAUACUCAAUUCAAUAGUCUAAUUUGGGAUCUAUGGAAGAUGAAAAAAUAACCUUCA